UCUCGGUAGCUGUGUCUGUGGUAGUGUAGCCUGAAAGCCCGUGGCGGCUGGUCGUUGCUUUGGGCCUGGAGGUUGCCGAGCGAUUUGUGAGGUGGGAGUCGCGGAGACGCGGUUGGAUCCGCUAGGUGAAAAGCCGUCUCUUCUGCUUGCGGCCCGAGAGGUGCAGGGCUCGACCCAGUCUUCAUGGACUGCCGUCGGGAUAGGAUGACUGCGGUGGUCCCUGGCCAGUUUGACGACGCGGAUGCCUCUGACAGUGAAAACAUAGAAGUGAAGUCAGUCCAAGCAAAAGAUGGCAUUCUACUUAAAAACCUUCAGAAUGAUAUGACAGAGAUGAAGGGUGAAGAUGAGAGUGAGGAGGAAGACAACUAUGAUUAUGACAGUGAUUGGUACUUGGAUGAUGGGACUGGAAAACUCACCAAGAGUUGUACCUGGAAUGGAGCCAGUAACUCUCAUGCAAAUCGACAGACAUCUAACUACAAUUCAGCCAAAAUGUCCACUCCAAUUGACAAGUCUUUGCGAAAAUUUGAAAAUAAAAUCAAUCUAAAUAAACUGAACGUUACUGAUUCUGUCAUAAAUAAAGUCACCGUAAAAUGUAGACAAAAAGAAGCGGAAUCGUAUCGCAUUAAAGAUAAGGCUGACCGAGCAACCGUAGAACAGGUUUUGGAUCCCAGAACAAAGAUGAUUUUAUUCAAGAUGUUGCAUAAAGAAGACAUAUCAGAGAUACAUGGCUGCAUUAGCACCGGAAAAGAAGCUAAUGUAUACUAUGCUACCACAGCCAGUGGAGAGAGCAGAGCAAUCAAAAUAUAUAAAACUUCUAUUUUGGUGUUCAAAGAUCGUGAUAAGUAUGUAACUGGAGAAUUCAGAUUUCGUCGUGGCUAUUGUAAAGGAAACCCUAGGAAAAUGGUGAAGACAUGGGCAGAAAAAGAAAUGAGAAAUUUAUCCAGGCUAAGAACAGCAGAAAUACCAUGUCCAGAACCAAUCAGGUUAAAAAGUCAUGUUCUUCUAAUGAGCUUCAUUGGCAAAGAUGACAUGCCUGCACCACUUUUGAAAAAUGUCCAGUUGUCAGAAUCCAAGGCACGGGAGCUGUACCUGCAGGUCAUUCAGUAUAUGAGGAAAAUGUAUCAGGAUGCUAGACUUGUUCAUGCGGAUCUCAGUGAAUUCAACAUGCUGUACCAUGGUGGGGAUGUAUACAUCAUUGAUGUUUCUCAGUCUGUGGAGCAUGACCACCCACAUGCAUUGGAGUUCUUGAGAAAAGACUGUGCCAAUGUCAAUGAUUUCUUUUUCAAACAUGCUGUUGCUGUCAUGACUGUGCGGGAGCUCUUUGAGUUUGUCACGGAUCCUUCCAUCACCGCUGAGAACAUGGAUGCUUAUCUGGAAAAGGCCAUGGAAAUAGCAUCCCAAAGGACCAAGGAAGAAAAGACUAGCCAAGAUCAUGUGGAUGAAGAGGUGUUCAAACAAGCAUAUAUUCCCAGGACCUUAAAUGAAGUAAAAAAUUACGAGAGAGAUGUGGAUGUAAUGAUGAGGUUGAAGGAAGAAGACAUGGCUCUGAGUACCCAACAAGACAAUAUUCUAUACCAGACUGUGACGGGAUUGAAAAAGGAUUUGUCAGGAGUCCAGAAGGUCCCCGCGCUUCUAGAAAGUGAAGUUAAAGGAAAGGCUGGUUUUGAUUCAGAAGAUUCUGGAAGCUCCGAGUACUCUGCUACAGACUCUGAAGAGCAGGGAGAUGAUGCCCAAUGCAAAAAGCAUACUGCUGACCCUGACAUUGACAAAAAGGAAAGAAAGAAGAUGGUCAAGGAAGCGCAGAGAGAGAAGAGGAAAAAUAAAAUCCCUAAACAUGUAAAAAAAAGAAAGGAAAAAACAGCCAAAGCCAAAAAAGGCAAAUAGAAUGAAGACAUCCCUCAGCUACUUUUUAACUCUAAAGUAGAGGUUGUAGCUGGGGGAUGCCUCUUUGUUUACCAUCUCACUGUCAGGGAAGAUGAAGGCGUGGUCAUGUGGUUGCUUCAAAAGACCAAAGCCCAUAUGGUCGGGAUCCAGUCCUGGCUCUGCAUCUGAUGGAUUUAUUAAGGUACUAUUUGAAUGAAUAACUUUAGAUAUUUUAUUUUUAUAUUUUUAUCUUACAAACCGUUUUUCAGAAGCAUCAUAAAUAUUUAUGAUGAGUAUCCACCGCCUUUAUAAAGGUGCGCAUAAAGGCAUUUGGACAAACCUGUGGACAUUUGUUUUCUUUGUAUAUGCCAAAGACAUCUGAAAUCAGCCAGUUACCAAGCUGUGGCUUAUAGCCUGUAGUUCCACUCAUAAGCCAAGUCAUCUGGCUGUUCUGUUGCCAUCCACAGCAGCUCUGGGACUUGUUUGUCAUAUGAUCCUGCUUCAUCUUUAGUAUGCUCUUUCUCUCUGCCCAGCUCAUAUGCCAUUUCACACUCAGCCAUUUGGCAUGUUCAUUUGUUCAUCAAAUACUUUAGGUAUUUUAGGUACUGGGUUACAGUAAUGAACAAAACAAAAUUACUUCCUUUGAAUAGUUUGCAUUCUAGUAAGGAAAUGAAACAUUAAACAAAAUAAGUAACCUUCCAAGAGAUUAUACCUUACAUAAAAAUAAUGCUGAAUAAAGAGGAUGCCUAGGGAGACAAAGGUUUGCAAUUUAAAAUAGAUUUUUUUAGGAUACACAGUGAUACACUUGACAGAAUAUUGAAGCUGAGUCACACUGAGCUUCCUGGCACUGCAGUGGGUGAGUAGAAGGAGUCUGAGUUCCCGCCAGCCUGGACUGCUUAUGCAGAUGAGGUUACAAACACAAAGCCAAGUCAGGUACAUCGAGAAGGAAUACCCCAAGCAGAGCAUGCAGCCAGGAGAAAGACGGUGCAGCAAAAGGUUCACUGCAAUGAUCAGGAAUGGAGCUGCAGCAUCAGAAUCAAGGGGGGGUCAAACAUGAGAGCUCAUGGAGUUUUUAGCAGAGAAGCAGCAGGAUCAGCCUUGUGCUUGGAAAGCAGCGCUCUGGUGUCUAGAGAAUUGCAGCAAAGGUGAUGAUUGGCUGUAUCCGUUGUCAGCCCAGGUGAAGGCUGCUGUUGGCUUGGCCUAGGAUGGUAAAGGCGGAUGUGGAGUUGCUUAAGGCAGCAGGUGAAUUAGACCGGAGCAGCGAAAGGUGGCUUUAGGGUUUAUGACCCAAGAAGCCACUGAGACCACUGCAGCUACUACGAUGAGUCAUGGGUGAAGUCAGGCACAUUGCAGUACAGGUACUCACUGUGACUCUUCAGCGUUUCUGUCCCGUAUUUCAUCACAGCCACAAGACUUAACACGUGCCCUUUGCAUUAUGAAAUUUAGACUCCACUUAGGGACAAAACUAGGGAAUUUGUACGAAAAUGUUAACAUUUGCUCCUGCACUCGGUUGUUCUUCCUCUGCGAUGUUUUUCUGAAACUCUACUAAUGACAAAGUAACUUGCGUAUUGAAUUUACUUAUGUAUACCACCUGUUUCGUAAGCCUCCAACCUCAGAUCAGAAUGUAAGCACCACUGUUUUGUAUCGCAGCACCUGGCCUGUGCUGAGACAGUCACCUCUUCGUUAAUGUUCAAAUGAUAGUGCUCUAUUCCCUAAGUAAAGGAGAGGCUGUCACGCCUGCCUCGUAUUCGUAAGGGUGGGAAUAAGGGAUUGGUGUAGGUCAGUUUUCAACCCCCAGGCUUGUAAUAAGGUUUAUCCUACCACAUAAAGUUCUCACCCCCAAAUGAGUUACCUAAUUGCAGUACAUAACGGAGAUGGAAAUGGGGCAGCCCAGUCCAUUUUCUGAUGCCUUGUUAUGUAACACUGCCAAGGCUUUCUGAGGGGUGGAUGCCACCUUUAGUCUUGAGCCCCCUUACUUGUUCUGAUGUGGUUGUGACACUGGGAAGUCACUUUCCUUUGAGGAAGAAGUCCUCAUGUAUAAAUAGUGGGACUUGGACCAAAUGAAUAAAAAAAUGUUAUCUAAAAUUCAUUCACUCACAGUUUUUUCGUGUAGCCCAGGCUGGCUUCAAACUCCCUUCAAAGGUCCGUGUAGUCAAGGAUGACUUUGAACUUCUGAUCCUUAUGCUCUUGUUUCUCAGAUGUCACCACAGCCUGCAGUUUACCUAGA